GCGGUCGUGUAGUUGUCGAAGGCGGGCACCAGUCAAAUUUUUAUGGCGUGGCGCAGCGCAAAGUAAGUUACGUAAACGUGAUUUGUUAUAAGAAAGCAAAAAUAUUCAGUGUUUCUUAUAUAAAUAUUAUAUUCCGACACGGUGUUGUAUCUUACAAUUCAGAAAAGUAAACCAGGAGCUAUGCGGCGCAGUAAGGCCGAGGUUGAUCGCUACAUAUCAUCGGUGCAAAGUUCUUCUCCUUCCACUAAAGAGAAACCUUUAAAAGGAUUCUUGUUUGCAAAAUUAUACUUUGAAGCAAAAGAAUAUGAACUUGCAAAAAGACACAUUUCAGCCUAUCUAACUGUGCAGGAAAGGGAUCCCAAAGCACAUAAAUUUCUAGGCCAGCUGUAUGAAAAAGAGGAAAGCAUUGAGAAAGCAGUUGGAUGUUACAAGCGUUCUGUGGAGCUGAACCCAGCACAGAAAGACCUGGUCCUGAAGAUUGCUGAGUUACUGUGCAACAAGGAAGAAAGAGACGGGAGAGCUGAGUACUGGGUGGAGAGGGCAGCCAAGCUCUUUCCUGGAAGCCCAGCAGUCUAUAACCUGAAGGAGAAGCUGUUGAGUGUAAAGGGGCAGCAGGGCUGGAAUGAGCUUUUUGACUUGCUGCAGUCAGAGCUGCAUGCUCGACCUGGCGAUGUGCAUGUGAACAUAAAGCUUGUGAACUUGUAUCGCUCUGACAAACGACUCAAUGAGGCUGUGAAGCACUGCCUCAAUGCAGAGAAGAAAGGGACCAUGCGCCACAGCCUAGACUGGUACACCUGUGUUGUACAGACGCUAAAGGAGUACUUUGGCUCUACAGGUAUAUCUGAGUGUGAUAAAACUAUAUGUAGGACAGUGCAGAAAGAACUGCUGCUGGCUCACAGUAAUCUGGUUCGCCUGACACUGUCUGCUAAGGAUGUUCAUCAUGGCAGAGUGGCCCUGCAAAGCUUUGAUCAUGCCAUGCAGUCUGUGAAGAAUUUAGUGACAGGCACAACAGAUGACUUGUCUGUUGCUUUCAUUGAAAUGAGAGGGCAUCUCUACUUGCAUGCUGGUUCUUUACUGCUGAAGAUGGCCGAACAAAGUGAGCUUCAGUGGAGAGCUGUCACAGACCUUGCUUCAUUGUGUUACCUCAUAGCCUAUCAGGUGCCACGACCAAAGAAGUCUAUAAAAAGAGAUGAGACAUCUCAAGAGUUGAUGGACUUUUUAGCAUGUGAUCGACAAAGCCACUCUGGCCAUAUGCUUUAUAAUUUAAGCCAUGACAAAGAAGAUUUCUUUAAAGAGGUAGUAGAAGCGUUUGCCAACAGAAGUGGGCAGGACUGUCUGUUUGAGACUUUGUUUGGGAGCGAGGCUGUUGCUGAACCUUCCUUUAUUGGAAAUGACAACAUCAGGAAUAUUGCAGUGCAGCCGCCUGAUGUGGGAGAACUUGCCAGGUGUGAUAAUGGGUCUGUUCCUUUACAUAGUGGAAAUCUGCAGCACCUGACAUGGCUUGGCUUGCAGUGGGCCUUAAUGGACCGGACGCCCUCCCUCAGAGACUGGUUAAAGCAGCUUUUCCCUCGACUGCCUCAAGAAACAUCAAAGCUUGAAACCAAUGCCCCAGAGUCCAUCUGUCUCCUAGAUCUAGAGGUGUUCCUGUGUGGUGUGGUGUUUACAAGCCUUGCACAGUUGCGAGAGAAAUCCAGAAUUAGCUACAAUGUGCAGUCGUUCGAGCCUAGAUGUUUACCUCUCCCCAUUGUCAAGCUGCUUUGCACGGACCGACAGCGAAAUUGGUGGGAUGCUGUGUAUAACCUCAUUCACAAAAAAGCACUUCCUGGGACUUCUGCCAAGCUUAGAGUUUUAGUUCAGCAAGAAAUGAGCACUUUGAGAGCUGGGGAAAAGCAUGGGCUGCAGCCUGCCUUAACUGUAAGAUGGGCAAAACAUCUUCAAGAAACUGGGAGUGGCCUGAACUCGUUUUAUGAUCAGAAGGAGUAUAUUGGCAGGAGUGUUCACUAUUGGAAAAUGGCCCUGCCCAUGUUGGAGAAUAUAAAGAAGAGAAGAAGUAUUCCUGAACCUAUUGACCCCUUAUUCAUGCACUUUCACAGUAAAGAUAUUCAGAUUGCUGAGGUUAAUGAUUAUGAAGAGGAUGCGCAGGUUGCUUUUGCUACACUGUGUGAAGUUGAAGGCAACACAGAUGAUGCAAUAGCGGCCUUUGAGACCAUAAAUACUGUUGUAUCUUUCUGGCAUCUUGCACGGAUAUUUCGAAGGAGAGCUGAAGAAAUUGGAGAAGGUCAAGAGAUGAAUAAAAUGGCUUUACGGAAGUCCAGAAAGUAUUUGUCAAAAAUCUUGGAAGGCUUCAAUGCUAAUGCUGCAGAAAUUGAAAAACUUCCUGUAUCGAUAGAUGAGCUUGGUGAGUUGAUGGAUGAUGUGAAUCAGCAGCUUGGGGAGAGCGGUGAAGCUAUGGAUAUGGAGGAAGAGGAGGAGGUUAACGGCACCAACACUAGUCCGUGCCACAUUGCAGACCCCAUUAGCAAUAGACAAGUAAAGUUUUCUACUCCAGCGCCAACAAAAAAUAUCACCUCUCCAUCAAAGAGUCUUAAGUUCUCCCCCAAGACACCACCUCACUGGGCAGAGGACCAGAAGUCCUUGCUGCAGAUGCUUUGUCAGCAGGUGGAAGCCCUCAAGAAUGAAGUCCACGACUUGAAGGCCAACACUUCUGGCGCUGUUGCAUCGCCACAUCACCGAUUGUACGGGGAUGGCUUCAUGGCUGAUGCUCUUCCAGACAGCUUCCCAGCAGCACAAAGUUUCCAUGGUGCUCCGCUAACAGUCUCUACAACAGGUCCAUCAGUAUACUACAACCAAUCCCCUGCAUACAAUUCCCAGUACCUCCUCAGAACAGCUGCCAAUGUCACUCCAACCAAGGCACCAGUGUUUGGGAUAAACCGGCUCGCACCUCAGCAGCACAUGUAUGCAUAUCAACAACAGCCGACCCAUACUCCACCCCUGCAAACCUCAUCAGCCUGCAUGUACACCCAAGAGGUUUACGGGGCUCAGCUGCGCUUCGAGUCUCCUGCAACCAAUUUAUUGUCCCCUUAUAGUGAAGAGUAUUACAACCACACUGUCCCUCAGGCCAAUACAAACCCUCCUCUCCCUGAACCAGGUUACUUCACAAAACCCUCUGUGGGGAACCAGGUUUCCAAGCUUUCUGAGGGGAAGACCGUGGAAUUUGGUAAAAUAAGCUUUGGGCAACAGGUUCCGGCUGAAGCACCUAAGGUACCUGGUUUUGGAGCAACAGUAGUUACACAGUCCACACCGGCUGCCACAUUCAAAUUUAACUCUAACUUUAAAUCCAAUGAUGGUGACUUCACAUUCUCAUCCCCACAGGUCAGACAUGCCAAUGAAAGUCUUCUCGGGCUUUUGACUUCGGAUAUGCCAGCCAGAUCAGAAGGAUAUCUUGCACCAAAGGCUCCUGUCCAGGAUCCAGUACCGUCUCAAGUGGGCCUCUUCAGUUUCGGCAGUAAAAAUACAUCCGGCUAUUCGUUUGCUGAUCUUGCAAUGCAGGGUCAAAACAAACCCAAUCUGUUUGGUAAAGUUGAGCAGCCUUUCAGUUUCACAAAUGCCAGCAAGCCAGGUUUUGUAGUAGCAGGCACUCGGCAGGAAGAAAAAGGUGCAGUGAGUGAUCAUGAAAGUUCUCAUGAAGAAGAAGAUGAAGAUGGGCCUCAUUUUGAGCCAAUUGUGCCACUCCCUGAGAAGGUGGAUGUCAAGACUGGAGAGGAAGACGAGGAAGAAAUGUUCUGCAACCGAGCCAAACUUUUCCGCUUUGAAACUGAGGCAAAAGAAUGGAAGGAGAGAGGUAUUGGGAACAUUAAGAUACUGCGGCACAGAACAUCUGGUAAAGUCCGUCUACUAAUGAGGAGAGAGCAGGUGCUGAAAAUCUGUGCAAAUCAUUAUAUUAAGCCUGAUAUGAAUUUAAAUCCCAAUGCUGGUUCAGAUAAAUCAUGGGUAUGGUAUGCUAUAGAUUAUGCUGAUGAAAUGCCAAAACCAGAGCAGCUAGCUGUAAGAUUCAAAUCUGCAGAGGAGGCAGCACUCUUUAAAGUGAAAUUUGAAGAGGCACAAAGAUUGGUGCCCAAAUCUCCAUUAAAACAAGAUGACAAACCAGGGAAAGAAAUAUCUAAAAAAAACACUACUUCUCAUCCUGCUGCCAGAGACUCUGGAUUUGGAGCUCAGUUUGUUAAGAAGGAAGGAGAAUGGGAUUGUAGUGUAUGUGUCGUGAGGAACUCUGCAGCUGCUAUGUUCUGUGCAGCCUGUCAAAGCCCCAAUCCCAAUGCUAAAUCACAGCCUGCAGUUAAAGGAGGCUCAGAAGCUAGUAAAGGGUUCACUGUGCCAUCACCUGCUCCUGUAACGUUUAGCUUUGGGUUUGGUAAAGAAUCAACAAAGGAAAGUGGCAUCACUGGAUUUGGCACACAGUUUACAAAUAUUCAAGCACCCCCCGCGUUCAAAUUUGGAACCGGUAGUGAUUCGUGUACAGUCUCUGCUCCGGCUGUUUCAAAGUUUACAUUCAGCCUUAGCAAUGAAAAAGGCAAAUCCACCACAAAGGGAGGUUUUGGAGAACCGUUUACAAAGAAAGAGGGUGAAUGGGGCUGUGAUAUAUGCUCGGGAAGAAAUUAUGCAACUGCUGGACAAUGCAUAUGUUGUCAAACUCCAAAACCAAGUUUCAAAAAUUCUGCAGUUGCACCAGGUGGUAUGGGACCCUCUGCAUUUGAAAUUGGUGUUAAAGCUGAUAUGAAGAAAACUGCAGAGCAAGGGUUUGGUGCACAGUUCACCAAGAAGACAGGCCAGUGGGACUGUGAUGUGUGUUUAGUAAGAAAUGAAGCAGCUGUUACGAAGUGUGUUUCUUGCCAGACUCCAUGCAAGACUUCUCUGUCAUCUGUCCAGGCAGCGUCCACCUUUCCAUUAAAUAUCUCUAGUGAAACAAGCCAGACACCUUCCAAAAAUGAGCUUUCUGUACUUUUUGGUAAAAAAGAUGGACAGUGGGACUGUGAUAUGUGUUUAGUAAGAAAUGAAGCAGCUGUUACGAAGUGUGUUUCUUGCCAGACUCCAUGCAAGACUUCUCUGUCAUCUGUCCAGGCAGCGUCCACCUUUCCAUUAAAUAUCUCUAGUGAAACAAGCCAGACACCUUCCAAAAAUGAGCUUUCUGUACUUUUUGGUAAAAAAGAUGGACAGUGGGACUGUGAUAUGUGUUUAGUAAGAAAUGAAGCAGCUGUUACGAAGUGUGUUUCUUGCCAGACUCCAUGCAAGACUUCUCUGUCAUCUGUCCAGGCAGCGUCCACCUUUCCAUUAAAUAUCUCUAGUGAAACAAGCCAGACACCUUCCAAAAAUGAGCUUUCUGCACUUUUUGGUAAAAAAGAUGGACAGUGGGACUGUGAUAUGUGUUUAGUAAGAAAUGAAAUUGCCUCUGCAACUUGCGUUUCCUGCCAAACUCCUAACCCUAAUGCUAAAGGCACUGCUGAAGCUACACAAUCAAGUUCAUCCUUCAGUUUCAGCUUCAGCGGGCACCCUGCACCUAGCCAACUUUCAGGGACAGGAUUUAAAGCCAAUUUUGGUACCAGCAACAGUUUUAAGUUUGGUCAUACUGAAGAAAAAUUUAAGGCCCCUCUGUCUCAGACUGAAAAUAAACUUACAAGUGGAGGUGGAUUUAUGUUUUCAAUGCCUGUUCCAGCAGGGGGCUUCAAGUUUGGUACUCAUGAGUCAAGUAAGCAGACUGAUCCUGGUGAAAAUGCAAUGCCUAUGGGUGGUUCUGCUGCCAUGUCUCUGAAGAACUUUGCUGAACAGCAGAGAGAAAAAGAAAAGUCUACAGAGUUCAGCUCCACCACAACGGUGGAGGAAAAUCCCCUUUUCACUGGCAAACCCAACACAUUUACUUUUGCUGAUUUAGCUGAAAUGUCAGGUGGGGAUGGUAUCCAGUUGGGUCAAAAAGACCCUGAUUUCAAAGGAUUUUCUAGAGCCGGUGAGCAGCUGUUUACUGGUUUGAAGGCUGAUCAGAAGGGAGAUAAUUCUUUGGAGAAGGAGGAAGAAGAUAUAUACAAGACAGAUGAGAAUGAUGACAUUCAGUUUGAGCCUGUUGUUCCAUUGCCAGAAAAGGUGGAUCUUGUAACAGGGGAGGAGGAUGAGGAUGUCCUGUACUCCCAGCGAGUCAAGCUGUUUCGGUUUGAUCUGGAUAUCGGUCAGUGGAAAGAAAGAGGCGUGGGCAUCCUGAAGCUUUUGAAGAACAAGACAAAUGGAAGGCUGCGAGUGCUCAUGCGAAGGGAGCAGGUUCUGAAGGUCUGUGCUAACCACUGGAUUACCACCACCAUGAACCUGAAGCCCCUCUCUGGUUCAGAUAGAGCCUGGAUGUGGUUGGCUAAUGAUUUUUCUGAUGGAGAUGCUAAACUGGAGCAGCUGGCUGUCAAAUUUAAAAUGCCAGAGCUGGCAGAGGAAUUUAAGUUGAAGUUUGAGGAGUGCCAGAGGCUGUUGCUGGACAUACCUUUGCAGACACCUCACAAGCUGGUUGACUCUGGCCGGACAGCACAUCUUAUUCAGAAAGCUGAAGAAAUGAAGAGCGGCCUAAAAGACCUAAAAUCCUUUUUGACGGAUGACAAGGCAAAGCUCCAAAAGAAGGAUGGCAACCCCACAACUGCCAGCAAUGCUUCUGGUUUGAUCAUCAAACCCCAUGCUGAAAGCACAGGCCCAACCUUGGAGUGGGAUAACUACGACCUACGUGAAGAUGCCCUGGAUGAUAGUGUGGACACUUCUGUCUAUGCCUCACCAUUAGCCAGCAGUCCUGUACAAAAGAGUCUGUUCCGCUUUGGAGAAUCCACUGCUGGGUUUAACUUCAGCUUCCAGCCUGUCUUGAGCCCUGCUAAGUCCCCCUCAAAACUGAACCAGAGCAGGGUAUCUGUUGGCACUGAUGACGAUUCUGAAGUGACUCAGGAAGAGGAGAGGGAUGGGCAGUACUUUGAGCCAGUUGUCCCCCUACCUGAUUUGGUGGACAUCUCCACUGGGGAAGAGAAUGAACUAGUGGUUUUCAGCCACAGAGCCAAGCUCUACCGCUAUGACAAAGAUCUAAGCCAGUGGAAAGAGAGGGGCAUUGGGGACUUAAAGAUCUUGCAGAACUAUGACAACAAGCGGGUGCGUGUUGUCAUGAGGAGGGAUCAGGUGCUGAAGCUGUGCGCCAACCACUGGGUUACGGCUGAUAUGAAGCUGGAGCCAAUGAAAGGAGCGGAGAGGGCGUGGGUGUGGAGUGCUUUUGAUUUUACUGAGGGAGAGGGGAAGGUGGAGCAGCUGGCUGUCCGUUUUAAGCAGCAGGAAGUGGCAAACUCCUUCAAGGAAAACUUUGACAAUGCUAACAAAGCCCAGGAGAAGCAGAUCUUGGUAAUUCCAGCUUCGUCAAAGGGCAUCACCCCACGGCAGUCUCCAUGCGAUAAACGUGCUGUGGCCAUGCUAGACGAAAUUAUCAGGCAGCAAACUGACUUACCUUCACAGAACUCUCCAUCCCCAGGUACUGCACCCAAUGUUGCCAUGACUCCAAGCACUGAAACUCCCACCAAAGCUGUGGUUUCACCUCCCAAAUUUGUUUUUGGUAAUGAAUCCCUUAAAAACAUAUUCACAAGCUCAUUGUCCUCUGGCAGCACAACUGCCUCUAAAGAUCUGUUUGCCUUUAGCUGUAAAGAUAAGGCUGGUAGUGUUCAAUCUGUGAACAGGAAGACGCCAGAUAGUGGAUUGGAAAAUGGCAAGGCAACCAGUCUACCAUCCAGCACUGCAGCUCCCAGUUUAGUGGCAUCACCACGAGGACAGAUGACCAGCACGUUUAAAAUGCCUGAGAGAGGACUGGAUUUUAGACUUUUCAAAGAUAACCCUAUGGCAUUUUGGACCUGCACAUCUACUACACAAUUUAAAACUGAAGGAACAGAGCCAGCAUUGGGUGAUUUGCAGAUUCUGUUUGAGCGGACUCCUACCCUUGAGCAAAAAGCACUUGCAGAGGAGCUGCAACUGCCUCCAACAUUCUUCUGUUAUAAGAACGAUCCCGGCUAUAUCAGUGAUGACGAGGAGGAUGAUGAAGAAUUUGAGACUGCUGUGAGGAAACUAAAUGGGAAAUUGUAUCCUGAUGAUGCAAAAAGCAAGACGACAAAGCGAGGAGAAAUCAAAGAGAGAAAAGAAAGCAAAGAAGUGAGGAGUGCUGGUACAUUCAGUAUUGUAAUGGAUCAGUGCCAGCACCAGACUUUCACAGAGGUUCCUGCUACAGCGAUGGAAUCUAAGUCGGCACCACAGGAAGAUGGGCAGUCUGAAUGCAUUAUAGUUUGGGAAAAGAAGCCGACGCCUGAAGAGAAGGCAAAGGCUGAAAGCUUAAAGCUCCCACCCACCUUCUUCUGUGGGGUCAGCAGUGACACUGAGGGGGACAGAGAAGAGGUAGAAGACUUUAAAGCGGAAAUCAGAAAAGUGAAAGAAGCGCAGGAAACCCAGGAACAGGGUGUCAGCACCUCGGCUGAUGAAGUCUCCAGCAGUAGUGAUGCAAAACUCCCAGCUGAACCAGCACAACCUUCUCGGACUGAACCAGACUCCACAUCUGAGGGGACACAAACAGUACCUCCAUCCUCAAGCACGGAUGACAACAAGCCCAUUGACUUAUCUGCCAAGAAAGAAAGUGAGCCAGAUUCCACAAGCCAAGGAGGUGCUAUCUCUUUUGGACUUGCUGCAUCCUCUGAAUUCUCGUUUUCAGAUUUGGCAAAGAACGCUGGAGAUUUUGCUUUUGGCAAACAAGAUGCUAACUUUUCCUGGGCAAAUGCAGGCGCCACUGUGUUUAGAGGCUCGACAGUCACCAGGACCAGGGAGGGAGAUGAAAGUAGCGAUGACGAGGAAGCUGCUGCGAAUAACGAUGACAUUAACUUUGAACCCAUUGUUUCUUUACCAGAGGUGGAAAUAAAGUCUGGAGAAGAGGAUGAAGAGAUUUUAUUUAAAGAACGAACAAAGCUUUAUCGUUGGGACCGAGAUGUCAGCCAGUGGAAAGAACGUGGUGUGGGUGACAUCAAGAUUCUCUACCAUCCUCAGAAGAGGUACUACCGUGUCCUGAUGAGAAGAGAACAGGUGUUUAAAGUGUGCGCAAACCACACAAUCUCACAGGCCAUGGAGCUGAAGCCCAUGAAUACAUCUACCAAUGCACUUGUCUGGACAGCAACAGAUUACGCUGAUGGAGAUGGAAAGAUAGAACAACUGGCUGCAAGAUUCAAAACUGCAGAGUUGGCAGAAACCUUCAAAAAGAAAUUUGAAGAAUGCCAGCAUGAGAUGACUCAGCUAGAUGCUGGACAGGUGUCCCGAGUUAUGGAGCUCUCCAUGGAAAGCAACCCAAUUGUGUAUUUUGAUAUUAGUCUUGAUGGUGAACCCAUUGGACGAAUUACAAUGGAACUGUUCUCGCAUAUAGUCCCCAAAACAGCUGAAAACUUUAGGGCUCUGUGCAUCGGAGAAAGAGGGUUUGGAUUCAGAAACUCCAUCUUCCACAGAAUCAUCCCCGAUUUUGUUUGCCAGGGUGGUGAUAUCACGAAACAGGAUGGAACUGGGGGAAGGUCCAUCUAUGGAGACAAGUUUGAAGAUGAGAACUUUGAUGUGAGGCACACUGGUCCUGGAUUGUUGUCCAUGGCAAAUAGUGGCCGAGACACCAACAAUUCUCAGUUUUUCAUCACCCUGAAGAAGGCGGAACACUUAGAUUUUAAGCAUGUGGCUUUUGGCUUUGUCAAGGAUGGCAUGGAGGUUGUGAAAAAGAUGGGCACCCUCGGUGCAAAGACUGGCAAGCCAACUAAAAAGAUAGUCAUUGUCAAUUGUGGACAGAUAUAGGUUUUACGUAAAUAUAAUUAACUUCUGUUGUGUAAAGUAAAUCAAGUAUUGGGAUUAAGAUGUAUUUGUAUGUAUAAAUGUACAUGGGUGGCUGUCUCCUGUUAAUUUUUUACAUGUUUGCCUGGAGGAAAUUGGUAUGUUUCUAAAUAAAGAUGAAAACACUGGCAAUUUCUUGCACUGUUGAAUUCCCCUCUCAUUUUUCAGUAAUACAUUCAUUCCCACCUCGCAAAUUUCAAUUAAAAAUUGCACAUUCACCUUAUAUAUAUAUAUAUAAUUAUAACCCCAAUUAAUGAAAAAAUACCUUUUCUCCCAGGUACCAGGUUUAUCCAGUUCACAAUGUAAUCAGUAUUUUUUCCUCAUUUAACUGUAAUGAAUUAAUGCAAUUGAAACAUCACCAAUCCUGGUAGUUUAUUUAUUUUAAAAUAACUGUCAAACUUGUAUGUUUCCACUUGUAUUGUAUCAUUAAAUGGGCUAGCAAGUGUAAUUUUAUUAA